AUGGAGAUGCUGAUAAUCAUAGUGGAGGAAGAUCACCGGGAUACAGAGCAAAAAUACAGGGCUAUUACUGGCCAUACAUGCAUGAGGAUGCAAAACAAAUUUGGCAUCCCUGCACAAUUGGUGUCUGAUAAUGGGAAGCAGUUUGAAGGCGACAAUAUAACAAUGCUGCUCAAUGCGUUCAAAAUUCAAAGUGACAAAUCUACUCCUUUAUAUCCUCAGAGCAAUGGACAAGUAGAAGCUACAAAUAAAACAAUCGCAAACAACCUGAAGAAAAAAACUACAAGAAGAGAAGCAACCGGAAUGUCGCCCUUUUGUCUGACAUAUGGAGUAGAGGCAGUGCUAGCAACAGAAGUAAUCAUCCCUACCACAAAAACAGAAGCUUGGGAAAAGAAUUUAAGUGCGGACUUGAUCUUAACAAAGCUAGAUGAUUUGGAAGAAGUAAGAGAAGGCGCUUUGCAGCACAUGAAAAAUUAUCAAAAAGACUAG